CGUCUGUACGUCCGGUUAGCUUCUCUUCUCUGUCAGCAGGUAGGAGGAAGUCCUCUAGUUAGAGUUGAACCAGCCGCUCAAAGACAACUUAUACCUGAAUAAAACCUCGAUCAGGACUAACACAGAGUAUGGACGCGAGUAGACCACUUCACACGGAAGCCAGAGAUGCCACUGGAACAGAAGAGGAGGCCAAGAAGGCAGCAGCAGCUGCAGCCAAGGUGGCUAACCGCCUGCCCGAGAUUCGUCUGGUAGUGCUGGGCUGGAGGUGGCCGGGGAAGAGCCUGACUGGAAACACCAUCAUAGGCCGGGAGGAGUUUCGCUUGGAGCGAGCGGCCGAGUUCUGUGUGAAGAGACAGACAGAAGUGCUAGGACGGCAGGUGACUGUGGUGGACACUCCAGGCUGGUUCUCCGCCCAGGAUACACCACCCUCCUAUAAACAGGAGCUAGUGAGAGGAGCAUCUCUUUGCCCUCCAGGUCCACACGUCUUCCUGCUCGCCAUCCCCGUGGGCAUGUUCACAGAGGUGGACCGCGCUCGCAUCGAGGAGCAUGUGAGCCUCUUCGGCGAGCACGUGUGGAAGCACACAAUUGUGGUUUUCACCUGGGCGGACGUGUUGAGGACCAUUUCAAUUGAGAGGUACAUUCGCAGGGAGGGCAAGGAGCUGCAGUGGGUGCUGGAGAAGUGUAAGCGAAGGUACUUUGUCAUUAAUAACUGCAUAUUCGGGGAGCAUCCCCAGGUGGGGCGCUUGCUGGAGAGAGUGGAGAAGAUGGUGGCAGAGGAGGGGGGCUACUACAACCCAGAGGAGGGGGAGAAGGAGAAGACACCUCUGGAUGAGAACCAGAAUCCAGCCAGAGAGGGGCGGGAGCUGGGGGCACGGCCCAAACAGAACUCAGCUCUGAGUUUGUCCAAAGCCAUGGAGGUGGAGCCGCUUUCCAAUUAACAAGACACUCUUGGCUGGCCGGAGCAUCUGCCUUACUCUCCUUAUGGCAAAACUGCUUAUUAGACAAGAAAGAAAAGGGUAACUGAAAUUUCACUGAAUGUUCAAACCAGUGUGAUUUAUUUAUUUUUUUAAUCAGACAUGUUAUGUAUGUUUUAGUCAAGUGCUCUUUAUGAUUCUCACUGUGAUGAUAUGAGAGGCCUUUGCCACGUAAACACCCUUUUUUUCAUGCUGUCCAAAUAUUUAUACUCCCCUGUUUUACCAUGUAAUUACAUUUUGUUCUUUAGAUGUUCUUGUUAUAGUACCUGGAGGGUUGUGUGACGGGAGGGAUUUCAUUUAAUCUAAAACGAGGAAGCACAAGCUGUUACACGUAUGGCAGUCAUAAUUUUUAAACCCAAUGUGUGUACACGCUUGGCGAAUACAAACGGCAGAACUGCACUACUAAAUUGUUACUAUAUUAUUCUGUCGGCGACCGUUGAGGGAACUGCUUUUUUUAACGAUUCCCAUUUGUUGUGACCAAACUGUAAAUGCUUUUCUCAUGCUGCAAUGUUUAUUACACUCUCAGUGUACAGUUAUAAAGCACUUGGGCAGUUAUUGAUUUUGUGAGUUGCCUUACAGCAGUGGUUUUGUUUCCCUUAAAUGGAUCUUUCACAUUUAUAUCGCUGUGUGGCAGAGGGAUGUAUUUCAGGAAAGGAUGCGCUACAAUGGAGAGCUGCAAUGAUUAGGGGAUUUUAAUCGACAGAAAAUACAUCUGCAACUAGUUUGAUAAUCGAUUAAUAGUUUGGUUGGUGAGAAGCACUGAAUGUAAACAGAACCCCACCGGGCGCCUUAAAGGUCUUUGUUUGCAGAAAAAACAAGAAUCUUGGUGAAAGCUGGUGUCUGGUGUCUUUGGCUUUCACCAGGCUAUACAAGCAGUAUGUUGAGACUCUCCAACUCGUUGUUCUGGUGUACUAUUAUUGGAUAGUCAGCUGCUCUGGACAGACCCUCAAAUCUUCUAUGAGGACGCGUGUAACUGUAGGCCUUUGAUCAGGUAGUGGCAUACUUGCCAACCUUGUGACCUCAGAAAUAGAUUUCAAAACCAAAGUGGGGCAUGUGGGGGUCCUCCUCCAGAAAAAAAAUAGUUUCAGAGACUUUGUUUCCUGCAAUCUGGUGACUUUUAAAGAGUGAAAAUAACAAAAUAAUAAGAUAUGUAAAAUAUGAUAUAUAUGCGAGAGCUAAGCGACGACGGCUUUUCGCUGUGUCUCUUCCACCGGGAAACAACAUUAGGCGUAGCUCUAUUGUUGUCCGGGGGGAAACAGUAAGGCUUAUACACGCUGUACAGUGCCAGAAACAGGUUGAGAGUACAAAAAGGUGUAAGAAUGUGUCAUAAAUUUGGAGAAAUAUGUGAGUGACCCUGGGAGGAAACCGGGAAAAUCGUUGGGGUAAUGUUAGACCGCCAUCCGAGUGUCCCAGUUAAAGGAAACACUAACAAUGGUUACAUACUGUUGUGUGAACCAGUUGAAUCACUCCAAUACUACCUGUGUCUGUUCACAGUAGCGAAUCCUUGCCAUGAACAUAUCCCUCUGCUGCAGAUCAGUUCAUAUAUACACAAUAUAACUAUCAGUUUUACUCUAUUUUACGUGGGAACACUGCUAAUUUAGUUUUAGUGAAGCAGGUGUGAAUCAGGUACUAAUAACAUUGCUAGAGUGGCUGUGAGUUUCAAGGACCCUGGGAAAUAUCAACUGACUUAAAGCCUUUUAUCGUAGGAAUGCUGUAGAUAAUAGUUCUUUUAAGAAGCUGGCAGUCUUUUGCAUGAAUAUGUUUGUACUCAUUAGAGAGUAGAGAGCAAACUCAAUGCUGUAUACUCAGAUAUGCACUAUGACUAUUUCACCCAGUGUGGGCAAAUACAAACAUGUUUGUUGACAUUUAGUUACGGUAAUAUGAGACGGGGAAACAGGGAAGACCUGUUGUACACUAGUGCCUAAAGGACUCAGUAUGACUGAAAUUUUAUUUUUUCAUUUUAUUCAGGGGGUUUGUCAAAACAACAUGGCUACAGAUGUGGGUCAUACUGUAUUUGGUUAACUGAUAAGAGGUCUGAUAAUCAGCACUCCGAUAUGAGUGUUCAAAUGGAACAACUAAUGCAUCAGUCAGAAAACAGCAAGUGUUUCAUAAAAGUAAUAAUUAAAUGGGAGGAGUUUUAAACAGAAAAUGAGGUCAGUAUAUAGCAGACGUGUACAAAACUGCUAUAGGGCAUGCAACCCAAUAUAACCCACCUUUGUAGCAGUGUUUGUAAUGGUGAUUGAGUUACUUUUCUAAGUCCAGCAUGUGAAUCAAGUUACUCUUAAGAAAUUAAUGGACGAAGCAGAGUCGUCUCUCUGGGCUUUAGUAGGCCUACAACGUGUCUUAUUGUCCGACACUAUUCACAGUAGAUCUGCUUGUUAGAAAUGCACUGUGUUGUUCUUCUACUAAGUUCAAAUAAAUCUAUAUUUUGAUCUAA